UUUAAUUUAUACUAUAAGGUCACUUUCAUGAAAUAAUUAGCAAGUUGUUAUUAUCCAUAUCCAGAUGGUUUAUGUUGCAUUUUCUCUCUCCUAAAAAAAGAAAAAUUCUCCUUUUUUUUGCUUCCUUAAUUCACUACCAAAAAUAUUUUCUCCAUCAUUUUCAUUAUCCGUACUGUACAAAUUCACUCUUUUUCUCUCUCCCUUACCAACUUACCCACCUAAAAGGUUUUUUUUUUCUUUUUGAAAGGAUUUGAUGGGGUUGAAGAAGGAAUUGGUAAUGCAUGGUGAAGAUCUGCAAAAUUUUGACGUCGUUGCGGGGGAAGGAAUCAAGGAUAGUGAGGAGGAGAUCUGGUUUGAAACCGCCUCACACCCAUUUGAGAGUAACAAUAAUGAUGAAAACAAAGAUGCUAAUAUGAGCAAUGAGAAUGAUUUUUUAGAUGUGGAUGUUAGCGAUCCAUCAUCUUUGUUCUAUGCUGAUUUUCCACCACUUCCGGAAUUUCCUUGCAUGUCCUCAUCCUCCUCCUCAUCCUCGACUCCCGUCGCUACGGUGGCGCCGAAGCCUUUAGGGGUGUGUUCCACCGCCACUACGUCUUCCUCCGCUUCCACGGCGUCGUCCGGGGCGGCGUCGUGGGCGGUGUUGAAGUCCGAUGCGGAUCAAGACCCGGAACCGGUUACGGAUCAUGAUUUGGUUCAGCGGGUGGAGGAGAGGGAGAUUUUGAUGGAUGAUGUUGAUCAUUGCAUGGAUAUGAUGCAGAAUUUUGGGUGCAUAGACAUGCUUGAGAAUACUGAUAUUUGUUGGGACCCGUCGCCGUUGUUCGAGGAUAACAACGGCGAUGAGAAUGAGUGUAGUCAGUAUCAGUUUCUACAGCCGGAGGAGGUGUUGGUGAAUCGUCAAAUAGUUGAUGAAGAUGAAGAAGAAAGAGUGUUUGAGCAGUUGAUGCAACAACAACAAAAGGGUGGUGAGAAUAGUAAUACUACUAUUGAAAAUAAUAAUAAUAAUAAUAAUUCUACUAGUGGGGUUGUUAGUGGUGGUAUGGGUGGUCAGAAUAGUGGUGAACCGGGUUCGUCGACGGAUGAUCUUGCUUUGGUGUUCUUUGAGUGGUUGAAGAGUAACAAGGAGGCGAUAUCGGCCGAGGAUUUGAGGAAUAUUAAGAUCAAGAAGUCUACGAUUGAGAACGCUGCUAAGAGAUUGGGUGGUGGGAAAGAAGGGAUGAAGCAAUUGCUUAAGUUGAUACUUCAAUGGGUGCAAAAUCAUCAUUUACAAAAUAAGAAAAUGAUGAUGAGUGGUGAAGAUAAUGAGUUUCAUGCUGUUAAUACUGGUAGUGGUAGUAUUAUGAUUAACAAUAAUAAUCAUAAUAAUCAAAGUUAUUCAAUUCAAGAUCACAAGAAUGAGAAUGCUACUACUAGUGAUACUAGUGCAGCAAACCCUAGUUGUGCACCCGAGUCGCAGUGUUUUAGACUAACUACGUGGCUUCCGGCUCCACCACCGCCUCAAUCGUAUGUUAGUGAGUCCCCCGUGAUGGUCCCUAUGACGGCCCCACCACCUCCCCCGGGGUUCCCACCCACGAUUGGGUACAUGGGUGGGGAUCCGUAUGGGGGUGGUAAUCCGACGGCGGCAUACCCACCUAUGCCGCCAUCGGAUUACCAUACAUGGGGACCCACCCCGAUGCAAUACGGGAUGAGUCCCCAUUACGGGGGUUACCCCGAUGCAGCAGCCCCGUUUGGAGGGUAUCCAAACCCUCCUCCAUACCCGGGGUUCUACUAUCACCCCGGUCCAACCGAGGGGCUAGUGAGGCUCGGGUCCUCGGCCACAAAGGAGGCUCGGAAGAAGAGGAUGGCGAGGCAGAGGAGGUUCUUUACUCAUCACCAUAGGAAUUCUAAUCAUAAUAAUCAUCAUCAACAUCAGAAUAAUGGUAAUAAUAAUGGAAAUGUUGUUAAUCAACAAAUGAUGAUGAGUCAAAUGGCAGAACAGCAGCAUGCAGCAGCUGUUGUAGGGAAUGGGAAUUGUGGUGUUGUUGCACCACAUGGGAAUUGGGUGUACUGGCCACCUCCACCUCCUCCACAAGUCGUGGCGCCUCAACAAGUGAACCACCCCGGUCCUAUGGUUGGGCAGAUGAUGCCGCCGCAGCCACCCAUUGAGAGGGCUGCGAACGGCUAUCAGAAGCAAGUUGGGAUUGAGAAAAAACAGGGAUGGAAAACAGAGAAGAAUUUGAGAUUUCUUCUACAAAAAGUAUUGAAGCAAAGUGAUGUUGGUAAUCUAGGGAGGAUCGUCUUGCCUAAGAAGGAAGCAGAGACUCAUUUGCCAGAACUGGAGGCAAGGGAUGGAAUCCCUAUUGCCAUGGAAGACAUUGGUACCUCGCGUGUGUGGAACAUGCGUUACAGGUUCUGGCCUAAUAACAAAAGCAGGAUGUAUCUCCUUGAGAACACAGGGGAUUUUGUGAGAUCAAAUGGACUACAAGAAGGGGACUUCAUUGUUAUCUAUUCAGAUGUAAAAUGUGGCAAAUAUAUGAUUAGAGGAGUGAAAGUACGACCACAACAGCAAAGCGCGAAGCCUGAACUAACCAACAAGAAGUCAAACAAGACCCAGAAAACUGAACCAACCUCCUCCCCAGCUGGAAAUGGGCCGUCCUCUUCUCCAACCGUUACUCAAAGUUAACUUCCUAGUUUGAUUUAUUGUUCAUAAAACUCUUUUUCAGUAGAAUAACAUUGCAAUUUCUACCCCUAUGAGAGUGGUGAUUAAGGCAAUAAAAAACUCGUGGAGUGGUGGUUGCAAAAACCUUACAUAUAGGUAUGUCACAUCCAAAGAAGAAGGGUCAAGGAAUAUGAUCGCAGUCAUAACUGUUUUCGCGCUCUUAGUUUGGUGCUCGUUGAUGUGGAGGAGAUUAUAGGUAAGAAUCAACGGUUUUAGGCAGUUUUUGGAGGCGUUUGUAUGUUGCAGUUUGUAAUAUUUUGUAAUAUGUCCGCCUUCGAAUUGUGAUGUGUUUACUAUUGUAGAUUUUGUGCUGCUGUUGCAUGAAAAACUGAAUGUAAUUUGUGUAGUAUUUGUGUGAUAAUAAACAUGUAGAUGCGGUUAUAAAGUGAAUCUAAUUUGAUACUCCGUAUUUUUUUUGUGAACAUUUGGUUGAAUUACUUCUGUUGAUUGUGCAUAUUAUGUUUACAAAUUACAAGUCCAUCAUACCAAGGGACUUCCCAUAUCAUUUUUUUU